AGGUCAGUUGUUUUGUGUGUUUGGUUUGGAGACAUGUCACAACAAGACUAGAAGGACUUUAGUGAAUACGCACCGAGAGUAGCCCCACCUCGGAAGGUGUGAGACAAAGUAGCAGGGAAGGGAAUAUUUGUGCAGCAUUGUGUAAAGAUCACAAUAGGAGCUAGGAGGGUUUCUUCAAUGAAUAGGUAGGUAGCUGAGUUUGCUGAAGAGUGAAGACCCUCGUUCCACAAUGGAGAGGGGUAGCAGGAUGUGAGCAGCAGGGGGCGCUCUUCUAAAGACCUCUACGGAGAAGGGUCCUCAGAGUACCACUCUCAUCAGUGUGCCGGGGGAUGUAUGAAUGAACAAUGGCUGAAGAUUUGCUAGCAACUGCAGCAGCCACAGGAAACGUCCAGCGGGUCUCUGAGAAACUGAAUGAAGGGGUAGAUCCAAACGCUCCAAAUUCCUUGGGGAGAACGCCUAUCCAGGUGAUGAAGAUGGGAUGCCCACAAAUUGCACGACUACUUAUUGAACAUGGAGCAGACCCUUUAAUCCCUGACCCCUCAACUGGCACAUGCCCAGCUCAUGAUGCCAUUCGUGAAGGAUUUGUGGACACACUACUUGAACUAGUAAAAGGAGGAGCAAGUCUAUACAAACCAGAGGACAAUUUUGGUCAACGUCCCAUCGACCUGGCUUCAGCUUCUGUUCGGGAACGACUGAUUCAGCUAGGAAUCCUACCUCACUGAGAAUCCCAAUUACAGAUUUACUGUACUGGACAAGAUGAAUAGAACGUGUCACUUUAAAAUGAAACAUUGUAUUAUUGCCUGCAAAAAAAUCGACUAGACAAAAUGUUGUUUAAUAGAUAUGUCAUCAUUUUAUUAAUUUGAUGGUGGCAUUCUGUCUGCUGAUGUCAAAAUCCUGUUUCGCUGGGCUGUUGAUCACAUUUCCUGAAGUCAAGCACACAUAACCAUCGUCAUCAUAGCCUCUUUAUAAAUAUACAUGCUCUCAGGCAGGGGCGGACUGACCAU